AUGAAUAAACUGAAAUUAUUAUGGUCGAAAACCAACCGAUGGCAUCGAGUCCUCUUCAUAUUUUUGAUUGUGGAGAUGAAAGUCAUUCCAGGAGGGCAGGUUGGGUUUCAAUGCAAUGAUCCAGCAUUAUCCCACCCUUAUACAGGAGACACUAUCAAUUGGAAAUGGUUAAUGGGAAUCACAAUGUUUUUACCAUUUGUUGUGAUGUUUAUAGUAGAGAAACAGCUAGAUAAAUCAAAAGACGUGCAACAAAACGCACUGCAAUGGUACAAAGAGUAUUUAUAUGGGUUCUUAAUUAACUUAACAAUAGUUCAAAGUAUGAAAUUCAUUGUUGGGUCUCCGAGGCCCCAUUUUUUUGACACUUGCAGCCCAAAAGAAGCUUUAACUUGUGAAACAUCCGAGUUCAUAUCAAGUUACACAUGCACGAAGGCGUAUUGGUUGAGUCAGUCGGAUAGAAGCUUUCCCUCGGGACAUACGUCGUUGGCUGUACACGCUGGAAUAUUUAUCGCUUACUAUCUUCACCAAAGGGCCCAUAGAUUGGACUCGCGGUCCAUCAGGACGAUCCAACUGCUGUCCAUAUUCAGUGCACUGUUCUGUGCCGUAUCCCGAAUGAUGGACCAUAGACAUCACUGGUGGGACGUGCUCGCCGGCGCGGGGCUGGCUCUGCCUGUGCUGGCGUACACGAUUCACUCUUUAUGUAAGAAUUUUCAAUGCAUUGCACCUAAAGGUGGGACUGAAAGUCACAAGGAAGAAAAUGGCGUAAACGAAAACGAUAUACAAACA